CCAGAUCCUAAACUUUACCACAAUAACGCAACUGACUGGUCAUAGUGUUUCUGUCCUUUCCAGCGUAUCAAAAUACCAUGAUUUAUUUCUGAGUCAACUUUGAAUCUAUCUAAUUAGUUACCGUAUCUUCUUUGGAAUGCUAUGGUGAAGCUCCAGCAGUUAGUUCUGUUAAUGUAAAGGGGCUAGCAACAAGGUUGACUUUCUGUGGCCCGUAUGCAGUUGUGACUCCAGAGGAGCCUGGCAGCAGACAUUUUAUUUGAGAAUUGCUUGUGUUAAUUUGAUUUCAUAUUUGCAUGAUAAAUGUGUGUAGAUGCAUCGAAAGAGGAGUCCAGGAAUUUUUAUUUUUAUUUCCCGUUGUUCUUCUAUGUCUGGGUGAUUCUUUCCUUAUGUUGUUGGGUGCUAUACUACAUAACAGAUCUUUGCUAUUGUGACAUAUGUUAGGGCUGCAAAUCUGUCAUGAACUCUGAAAUUCUAAAUUGAUGAUUUUAGAAAUGUAUGGUCAGGUUUCAGUAGUCCUUCAGCCAGAAGUUAUAAAUUAUAAUUGCUUUCUUCCAUUUUCUGGAUAAAAACUAUAGCUCAAAAUGCUAUAAUUUUGUCAUUUUUUUACUGGUCAAUCUGAUGUUAAUAUAGCAAAAUCUAAGAAAAACUUAAUAAUUUGAUGCAAAUGUACAUAUAUCGGUCUUCUACAAAAUAUCAAUCGGUAAAUAUAUGAGUAUGAGGGACUUUUAUUGCAUUUAGGUGUGUUAGCCAGUCAGCCUACAUCCCUAUGUAAGAGGCAAUGCAAAGAAAACUGAUGUUGCAUGUAAGUAAAUUUGAAGCCUAAUGAUGAAAUAGGAAUAUGCUGUGGUCCUUGGGUAUUGUUCUUCAAGGGUUCUUAACUCUUCAUCUCUUCAGUACCACUUAUUCUUAAUUUUUUGCUACUGGGUCUUGUUAGGAGAUGUAUCUAGGCCCUCCUAGCAAAAUUUUGAGUUAAAAAUCAACUGUUGAUGCUUUCUUUUUUUGUUGUGCUAAUCAAAGAUGCUAUGUUCUGUUUGACUUGAAAUGGUUGUAGGCCUGGAAACACUUUUGCAUUACUUUAUUAGCCUUUGACCUUCAGGCUUCAGGUCUUUAUGCAUAUUCUCUGACUUCUGGUUCAUUCUCUGGUUUCUUCAUGUAUUUUUGUUUAGUUUGACUUCUCAGUUUUUGCAUUCACAAUGCAUAUGAAAUAUGAAAGUAUGAUACAUGUUUCUUCUGUUUUUAAUCAACUUGUUUGGGGGUAUUUUAGGCAAUGGUAAAAUGCAGAUGGGCUUUGGGUUAGCCAAGAUCAUUGUUAGUCUUAAUAGUCUGUAUUUCACACUUAUUUGAUCUACCUACAAGAUAAAAUGAAACCGGCCUUCAUGCUUUUCUGUUGCUUUAUUUUCAUGAUAAUAUCAUAGCUGUGGAAAUAUCAAAAUGUAUUUUCCUCACUUGAGCUUAAAUAGGAGAAUAUUCAUAUUAUCUAAGGGAGGUAGAUAGGUUUCAAAUGCUUGCUGCAGCACGAGAACCUGCAGCGGAACCUACUGGAACUUUUAUGACUCAUGGUAGUAUGCAUGUUCCUCUUACCUUUUCCUUUGACCUCAGUUUCAUUUGAAGUAUCUUACUGUACUAGUUAACUUUCCUGUAGCAUGGCUGCAGCAAACUUUUUCUGUAGCAGCGACUCUGCAGAUUUGAGCGGGUUCAAAGGAAUCAAUUUUGUAAUUUCGUCAUGGUGCAGUUGGACCUUCUAGAAGUCGGAAAGUUCUUUUGUAUUUUUGGUAUGUUCUAAGAUUCCAUAUUCUUCAUUUCUAUGUCUAUCAGAGACACAAGAUUUCUAUGUAUGUAUUUCACAAAUCAUUUUGCAAUUUGGCUGCAUAAUGUUUGGAAGUUCCUGAUUCUUUCAUGCAGCUAAAAGGGCAACAACAAACUGGUCUACAAGCAAAACACAUUAUCUUGCUUCCUUCAAUUCAUUUCCUUUUGCCAGCAUCUUAGCUAUCAUUGUUUAUUCCCUCCUUGAUCCUCUGUGUGGAACAAAGAGGCAAGAAGAAUAAGUCCUGUUUUGGUGGCGAAGGGGCAGUGCACAGGUACAGCUCAUUCCUUGCACGACCGGUAGAUUCGAGUCAUGUGCAGCUCCUAAUCCCCUGAAUAUACGAAAAUCAGUUCCAGCUGAUGGGGAUAUCAGCAUCAGAUCAUCCAAUGACUCAGAUUUGUCGGGUCAUUGCAAGACCGAUGUUGUGCAGUCAUUUGGAUUCACAUGCUCUUUGAUUUUGAAGAUAUGCCAUAAUCUGAAAAGAAGAUUGGAAGUGCCCACCUGUGAAUCUGUGAUGUCUCCAGUAAUCUUGGCUAGAACUGUUACCUGGUUGACCACCGGAUAGAUGUCAUAUUAUACUGAUGAUAGUAACAACUGUGUACAGUUUUUCUCACUUUUCAGUUUGUUUAGAUCUAUAUUGCACUGUUUGGGUACUCAGAGCUUCUUUCCUCUAUACACUCGUUGGCGAAAGGUAAAUGAUUGAUGCAAUUAUUGUGUAUCAGUUGCUAUGUUUUUAUUUGAUGAUGUAGUAUCAUAAAUGUGAAACAGAAAUGAAGGCUGCAGGCAGAUGCUGUUGAAAUAGGGGUGAUGGAAAGCUGUACAUUUUGAGUAUAAGAUGGCAAGCAAUCGGGAUACGCGGAGGACCGGAGGCAUUGUCCAAUCCCUUCUAAGUAUUUUAGAAUGUCCAGAUUCCUCCAUCUUGGUCGUGCAAGCCUCUAUGUGCAGCCUCUCUAGUUUAUUGGGAGUAGAUUAUUCCAACAUUCUCCAUAAUUCAUAAUGCCUGAUCCUGUAUUAAUUGCUAAGAUAAGCCCAUGUUUGUCCUGGCUUUGAUUUGAACCUCAGAGGCAUGCUUUUUUCCUUGUCCUAUUGGUGCAUCAGCGCUGAGGGAGAAUUAUGUGCAAUCAUUGUAACCGGCCUUGGGACACUUGCCACUGGAGCUCUGAUUGGCUUGACUUCUGAAGAUGUGUGAUCUUGGAUAAUUCACCAUCUUGUUGGCUACCAACUAGCAGUUGAAGUUUUCUAAACUCAUUAUUUGUCCAUCCCCAGGCCAUACUUGGAAGGGUCGUUGUCAGCACAGGUCAUACCCAGCCGUGGGUGUCCAUUUCUCUAAGCAUGAUCCUGCAUUUCAUAAUCCUGCAGCUGCUCUGUAUUCCUUCAGCAUUCUCAUCAGUAUAAAUGCACCUGUCCUAACCUGCAUUUUUGCUCCAGGAAGCACAAGUGUGUCAUUCAGCCAAGUCCUCUCUCGCACCCUACAGUUAUAUCAGGAUGGAGUCUGGAGGAGUGAUUGCCGAAGCGGGCUGGGACUCGCUUGGCCUGUCGUCGCAGGCGGAGGAGUCGGAGAUGAUGGAGCAGCUGCUUGGCACCUUCCCCUCCAACGGCGAGGAAGAGCACCAGGAGCUACCUUGGUCUGUUCAGGCCACACAUGCAUACUAUGGCCACUGUAACGGUAGCUCUAAUGCAUACAGUUCCGCUAGUAGCAACAGCGUUGGUAGUCUCAUCCUGGAUGUGCCGUCGGAUUAUGGAGGCUUCUAUUUGGGCGACUCAAAUGGGAUUGGCUCCUGCACCGCAGCACUUGACCUGAACAUGGUCCAGGAGCAAGGUGCAGCUCAGUUUAUGGAUGCCAUCUUCAACCCUUCAUAUGGGAAUGGCGAUUCAAGCUGCGAUGAUCUUGAAGACUCGAGCAUGAACCUGCUCGACUCCAUCGACACGUCCAACAAGAGAAAGCGCCAGGAUCAAGGGAAAAUAGCUGACCAAACAAGUGGUCGGAAAUGCUCAAGGAAGGUUGACUCGAAGCGGGCAAAGAAGGUCAUGCAAUGUGAAGGCGAUGAUGGCACCACUGCUGAUGACACAAACAAGCAAAGCUUGAGCUGCUGCACGUCUGAACUUGACUCAAAUGCUUCUCAAGAGCCUCCUGUUGCCUCUAAGCCGAAGGGCAAGGCUCAGGCUGGCCGCCAGACAACCGAUCCCCAGAGCCUCUAUGCAAGGAAAAGAAGAGAGAGGAUCAAUGAGAGGCUGAAGGUACUUCAGAACCUUGUUCCGAAUGGAACCAAAGUAGAUAUCAGCACUAUGCUCGAAGAGGCAGUGGAGUAUGUGAAGUUUUUGCAGCUUCAAAUCAAGCUCCUCAGCUCCGACGAAAUGUGGAUGUACGCGCCAAUUGCAUACAACGGGAUGAACAUUGGAAUUGACUUGAACCUCUCUCAGCACUGAUAAUACACUUCUAACAGUCUAAAAAAACAGCAGUUAUAUACUUAAAAACGUGAUUUGGGUUAAUUGGCUCAAAAGUGUUCGUUACUAACGCGCAAGUGGUUUCUGAUCAAUAAGCUAUUCCGGGCAGCUGUAUCUCUCUCAGGCGUAAAUAGAGGCUGAAUACAAUGUUCUCCAGAAGCUUUUUUUGUAACUCCGGUUACUAAAAGGGGCGGCAUUGUUUGGCCCGAAAAAUACGCGAAAAAGACAGAUACUGAAUGUUGGAAGAGGCUCUGCAACUUGUGAAGACAAGGAAGGGCAAUCUGUUCGUUUCCUUCUUACUUCAGAUGCGACUUCACAUGAGAAGACCGUGUCGUUUUUCUUUUUUUUUCAGGUUUGCUCUAGUAGCAAAUUUGUGUCUUCACUGAAAUACAGUGUUUAUAGCGCAAUAUAAUGUGGUUAGUUGGAGCUUGGCGGUUGUCAUAUAUAGCGAAAAUAAUGCAAGAUCGUGGCAUGUUGUGGCAGUUGUCCUAUAACAUGCUUUGUAAUGGUUGCUGUGAUCACAUCAUUUUCUGCUAUAUACUUUGUGUUGAAGCCUCAGUUCUUGCUGUUGUCA